AUGGCCGAAAUUCGGCCACCUCGGCCUCGGGCGAAAAUUUUCACGAAUGAAAAUCAAAACCUUGGGUUCCACCAGUGCAGGUAUGGCUACAAGAAUGUGGCUGACCUGGAGGGCGUAGUCGCGGGCUAUGCCAAGGCCAAGAUUCCAUUAGAGUCGAUUUGGUCGGACAUCGACUACAUGGACGGCGGCCAGGAUUUCACGCUGGAUCCGACCAACUUCCCAGCCAAUUUGCUCCGGCCGUUUGUGGACCGGCUGCACAAUAACAGCCAGAAAUACGUGGUCAUCAUAGACCCGGCGAUCAAAAAAGAAGCAGCUCCUCCGCAAAAUGAGUCCGUGGGUCUGUUCCUCCAGCGAAAUGGCACCAACUAUGUCGGCCGGGUGUGGCCAGGCGAGGUCUAUUACCCGGACUUCAUGAGCGCACACGCUGCUGAGUACUGGGCGCGGAAAAUCUCGGAGUUCCGUCGCACCAUCCCCGCCGACGGGCUGUGGUGCGACAUGAACGAGCCCUCCAACUUCAAGGAUUGGGAGCCGCUCAACGAGUACGACUACUCGUCCUACCGCAUCAACAACACCGGCAUUCACCGUAACCUUAAUAACAAGACCGUACCGGUGUCCACGGUGCACUUCAAUGGCGUGUCGGAGUACGAUGCGCACAACCUCUACGGCCUCCUCGAGUCGCGGGCCACGCAUGAUGCUCUUCUCAAGGACACAGCGCGCCGCCCCUUCGUGCUCAGUCGUGCCACGUUCGUCAGCUCGGGGCGCUACACCGCUCACUGGACCGGCGACAAUGACGGGCGGUGGGAGCAGCUUGCGCAGUCCAUCAACACCAUCCUCAACUUUGGACUCUUCGGCAUCCCCAUGAUGGGCGCUGACAUCUGCGGCUUCACUGGCAACACGACCCAGGAUCUCUGCAGCCGCUGGAUACAGCUUGGUGCAUUCUACCCGUUUGCCAGGGCGCAUGCAGAGAAGACAACCGCCCGGCGAGAGCUCUACGUGUGGGAGUCGACGGCACAGUCGGCGAGGAAGGCGUUGGGGAUGCGGUACCGGCUGCUCCCCUACAUCUACACGCUCAUGUAUGAGGCGCACACAACGGGGUCACCCAUAGCGCGCCCGCUCUUCUUCUCCUAUCCUCAGGAUGCCAACACCUACGGCGUGGAUAGGCAGUUCCUGCUAGGCCGUGGCGUGCUUGUCUCUCCGGUGUUAGAGCCGGGAGCUACCACCGUCGACGCCUAUUUCCCGGCGGGCCGGUGGUUUAGUCUUCACGACCGCUCCCCCGCCAUCACCUUGCAGACCGGCAAGAGAGUGACGCUCCCAGCGCCAGCGGACUCGGCAAAUGUGCACCUGGCCGGGGGCAACAUACUACCGCUGCAGCAGCCCGGCCUGACCACGUCCACCGCACGACAAAGCGAGUUCCACCUCCUUGUGGCGCUCGCGGAGAAUGGCACAGCCAGCGGGAAGCUGUUCUUGGAUGACGGCGAGUCGCCGGAGAUGGGAGGGGUGGGAGGCAACUGGACGCUGGUGAGGUUUAGCUGCAACACGGAGGAUAGCAAGGGCAUCAUCACGACCAAGGUGAGUUCGCAUGUGGUGCAGAACUCGUACGCUCCGAGCCGGACUCUGGUCAUCGGCAAGGUGGCCUUCAUGGGGCUCCCGUCGGCACCAAAGGGGUUCACCGUGUAUGUGAACGGUGUUGAGCUCAAGGCAGCCCGCACCAAGUCCCGGACGAACGGAGUAUUCAGCGUCAGUGGGUUGUCGCUGCUCAUCGGACAGCAGUUCGAGGUAAAGGUCGUCACGUCUCACUAACAUCGAGACAUUUGUGCAAGUUCUUUAUCUGAAUAAACAAUGAAAAUUGGUAGUAUCGUCUACCAGUUCUCAUGCAUAGUUCUUAUGCUAAUUCCAAUGCAUAGGUGUUUAUGUGAGAUGCUAAGCACAUUUAAAACCUUAGUAACUGGUCUCCCCAGUGCAU